GAGCUCGCUGGAGCUGCAGGAGCAGUUGUUCUGUGAUCGUCCACCUCACAGGCUGAUGUUGUUUGGAGGAAGAAGAGGGUCCUCCUGAAUUUAGAUUUCCUCCUAAAGAAACAUCUGCGAGCAUUUUACGGACAGCUGCAGAGAUGACCGUGCCUCCCCAUAAAGACACUGCUGCUUGUAAAGUUUUUGUUUUGUCUCCUUUCAGAGGAGCACUGCUUCCUCCUCAGUAUGGAGAAGUACGAGAAGAUUGGGAAGAUUGGAGAGGGCUCAUACGGAGUCGUCUUCAAGUGCAGAAACAAAGACACGGGCCAGAUCGUCGCCAUCAAGAAGUUUGUCGAGUCAGAGGAUAAUCCCAUCAUUAAAAAAAUUGCACUGAGGGAGAUCAGGAUGCUCAAGCAACUGAAACACUCCAACCUGGUGAAUCUGAUCGAAGUGUUUCGACGCAAACGGAAGCUUCACCUGGUCUUCGAGUACUGCGAUCACACAGUCCUCAACGAGCUGGACCGCCAUCCCAGAGGCGUCCCAGAGCAUCUUGUAAAAAGUAUAACCUGGCAGACGCUUCAGGCUGUCAACUUCUGCCACAAACAGAAUUGCAUCCACAGAGACGUCAAGCCAGAGAAUAUUCUCAUCACCAAGCAUCAAGUCAUCAAACUCUGCGACUUUGGGUUCGCCAGGAUACUCACUGGGCCAUGUGACUACUACACCGACUACGUUGCGACCCGCUGGUAUCGCGCCCCCGAACUGCUAGUGGGAGACACUCAGUACGGCCCCCCGGUGGACGUGUGGGCAAUCGGUUGCGUGUUCGCUGAGCUCCUGUCGGGGACGCCUCUGUGGCCCGGGAAGUCGGACAUGGAUCAGCUGUACCUGAUCAUAAAGACCCUCGGAGAUCUGAUUCCUCGACACCAGCAGGUCUUCAGCAACAACCAGUUCUUCUGUGGAGUAUCCAUUCCAGAGCCACAACAGAUGGAAUCUUUGGAGCAAAAGUAUCCAAACCUCUCACCUCAAACUCUGAGCCUGAUGAAGGGCUGUCUGCGGAUGGACCCGUCUGAGCGGCUGACCUGUGAGCAGCUCCUCCAGCAUCCGUACUUCGACAGCCUGAGAGAAAGAAACGAGAGCACAUCUCGACAGCAGGACCGCUCCGGCAACAAAAGGACACGUUUACCUCGCAGACACGUACCCCCCGGGUAUUUGCCACAGUUGACCAGCAGCGGCUUCUUUCCAGCUCUGGACAAUAAGAGGUACUACAACAACCUGCGCAAAUUCAACUAUCACCUACCGAACAUCUAAUCCCGCUGGUCCUGAUCCGAGUCCAACCACCACCAAGAGCUCAGUAACGUGACGCAUACUCCAGUAGCACUUUUUAAACACAUUUAAUGAAGCUCCAACCACUUUUUACGAGGUGUAUCACAUGAGGUGUCUCUAGCAUCUCUCUUGUUGAUGUCAGUCUAUGCACUAUUCCCAGCAGGUCAUGUUGGUUUAUGUAUGUCGCCGUCGUUUCAGGCUGAUUUUGUAUAGAGACAAGAAGCAGUGAGCUGCUCCGCUCGUAGCUGCACAGGAGACUGAAGGUAAAACUCCAAUGUACUGCCUUGCCUGGUUUGCCAAAUGUAUUUUUAUAUAAUGACGGGCUUUAUAAGAGCAACUUGUUUGUUGUUUAUUUUAGUAAGUUAUAAUGCAGGACGUGAAGUUAAACUGCUCGUGAGCGUUUCAGAAAAUCUUAUUUAUUGACAUUAGGAGUGAAUACAGACAUAAACAUCCUUUAUCCCACUUUCACGAACAUUUAUUAGCAGCAGUCACACUGUACUCAACGUCUAUGGAAUAUUGGUGCUAAGGAUGUUUUCAGCCAUCUGUUUAUCCUCAGAUAUUUUAUGAUGAAUGCCAAAAUAAUCUAAAAAGAAAAGAUGUAAAUUACUCUUAAAAUAAACCUUUUCAAUUGCUUUCUCUAUGUACACACAUAUGGAGUUACCUUGAAUAAAUAUCAAAGUGAACUAGU